UCUAUUUAAGUCUUGUGAUAGAGAGGAGGGACAAAGGGGAGCAGGAGAUAAAUAUUCUGGUACAUUCUUCUCUCCAUCACUUUGUGUCUGAUUCUACAGCAUUAACACAGAAAGGGGGAGUUGAAAUAGCCAAGAUGCCUGAGAAAGCACCAGAGAGGAAAUCUAAAAUCUCAGCCUCUCGCAAGCUCAUGCUGAAGAGCUUGAUGGUCGCCAAGGCCAAAGAGGAGCUGGAGCAGGAGAUGGAAGAGAAAGAGGAACAGAAGUCAAAGUACCUGGAAGAAAAAUCUCCUCCUAUACAAACCAGCGGCAUGUCCUUAGCAGAGCUACAGACGUUAUGUGAAGAACUGCAUGCCAAAAUCGAUGUGGUGGACGAGGAGCGGUAUGAUAUUGAAGCCAAAGUCGUGCACAACAACAGAGAGAUUAAAGACCUAAACAUUAAGGUACUGGACCUGCGAGGCAAAUUUAAGAGACCCAACCUGAGAAGGGUGAGAGUCUCUGCUGAUGCCAUCCUGCGCUCACUGCUGGGCUCCAAACACAAGGUCUCUUUGGACCUGCGAGCUAAUCUUAAGUCAGUCAAGAAGGAAGACACAGAAAAGGAGAAGACGGUAGAGGUGAGCGACUGGAGGAAGAAUGUGGAAGCCAUGUCGGGCAUGGAGGGUCGCAAGAAAAUGUUUGAUGCAGCAAAAGGCCCCAACCAGUAAAUGGAUUAUUAAAGCUACAGCUGGCUUUUAUCUUACUUCAAAUACCAUCACUUGUAAAGCAGAGUGGAGAACACAGCACAAAACAGGAAUUCAUUAACUUUUGAGUACUUCAGAGGCUCACAGACAAUUUAUUGGUAUUUUAUACUCAGUAUAUGGAGGUGUGAGAACCACAGGGACAUAAGUAACAUUUGACCAACUUUAGAAGAGGGACACAAAAACUUUACUUUGUCCCGACAUUGGACUUCACAGUCCCGGCACUAUGUAGUUCGGCAAAACUGGAUUGCUUAAGUAUUAACAUGUGUCCUUUUGGCAGUAGAAAAAUCUCCCUGAGAGCGUAUAUAACCUAUUGUCGCCCAAAAUGUUAAUUAUGACUCUCUGGCUCUGAAACCUCUAUUUUUUGACCUGCAUUUUCUGUGUGUUUCAUUUCAUAAUCACUGAAAUAAACAU